AUGGUUUUUCAAUAUGGUUUACAACCAAUACUAAGACAUACUCGUCAAUCAUUCAGACGUACUUGUAUAGUAUUAACGUACACCGUACAGCACAAUAUACUGCGCACUCUAUCUUCAACCACUUUUAAUGUUUAUCAAAAUGAUCUAUUAUUUCAACAAAAUCCUUUCAAUCUAUGUAAACGCUCACAAUCCAACUCAACUUUCCCGCAUGAGCCGCCACCGACUUCCAAUGAGGAUUCUCCUCCUGACUUAAAUGUAUCUAGCAUUAAGGCAGUUUCUCCGUUAUUGAAAGUUCGAACACGUAAAACAAUAGUUAAUGAUGUGGACGCGAGUUAUACAGAAAAUAAGCUCAUCACGGCUGUUCGAGCAAUGCAUGAAUAUCUACUUGAACCAUCUGAUUUGGAACCAUUGAAGCAAUAUAAGACACGCUCUCCAUAUUCGGAUGUUGCCGAUUCAUCCAAAAUGCUAACAGUUUAUCGUCGGGGUGAUGUUGAGAAACGCGCUUAUGAAGUUUGGGGUAGUCCGGAAAUGUUAACGAAGGAAAAAGCCAAACGUGCAAAAACGCGUCAAGAUGACUAUGAAGCUUUAUUUAGUCUGAAAAAAUCAGUUAAAGAAUAUCAAAAACGUCUGUCAUUGUUGGAAAACGCGUCAUUUGAUAAUCGAAAAUCGGUGAAAAAGAAUAUUCUCGCUAGUGGUAGUGGGAAGGUCGUCAUUGCUGCAGUACUCAUUAAUGCAACAAAUGCCGUGGUAAAGACGAUCGGCUGGUUAUUCACAGGAUCAGCUUCACUGUUUUCUGAAGCUGUGCAUUCUAUUGCUGAUACAUGCAACCAAUUGAUACUAACAUUUGGUUUGUGGCAAUCAAUUAAAAAGCCCAAUCCGGAACAUCCUUAUGGCUAUUCAAAUAUGACUUACAUCUCGUCAUUGAUCAGCGGUGUCGGAAUCUUUUGUUUCGGAACAGGUCUAGCAUGGUAUCAUGGCGUAUUAGUAUUGUUACACCCACAAGAGAUGGAGUCAGCUCUUUGGGGUUUGGCACUUUUGAGUGGUUCGCUGAUUUCGGAAGGAGCAACUCUCUACAUGGCUGUUAAUGAGAUUCGAGCAUCAGCAAAAGAAACGGGCAUGCGCUUUUGGGAAUAUGUUGGCCAAGGAUAUAAACCAAAUGUUAAUGUGGUUUUAUUGGAAGAUCUAGCAGCAGUUUUAGGAGUAUGCGUAGCUGGUACAGCUAUGGGUCUUUCAGUUUAUCUUCAAUCGCCAAUUCCAGAUGCGAUCGGUUCGCUCAUUAUCGGUGGUAUUCUAGGUGCAGUGGCUUCGUUUAUUAUAUAUUCAAAUACAGCUGCCUUAGUUGGACGAUCCAUCCAUCCAAAUCAGAUUGAAGCAAUUAAUAACGAUUUAGAAAAUGAUCGAAUGGUUCGUGCAUUAUAUGAUAUUAAAGCAACAGAUAUGGGUUCGCAAUCGGUUAUGUUCAAAGCUGAAGUAGAUAUCGAUGGACGGGAAAUAACUCGAUCGUAUUUAGAAAGAAUCGAUAUUCAACUCAUUCUUGAGGAAAUUCAAAAAAUUGAUACGAUUCAAUCAGCAGAAGCAUUUCUUCUCAAGCAUGGAGAGAAUAUUGUUGAUCGCGUCGGUGCAGAAAUCGAUCGUAUUGAACGAAACCUUCGAAAAAAACAUCCAUAUCUGCGACAUGUUGACUUAGAAGUUCUCUAA